AUGUCAACAACAUCCAACGAACGAUCUUCACGUAGCCUAAGAAUUUACACAAACCAUCCAUGGAAACUCAUCAAGACCGGAUAUCUCGUUGUAACAUGGAUUGCGCUUGGUUUUCAUUUCGAAUUAGUCGGUCCGACGAUGUCGAUUCUUGCUGAAAAUAUUCAAGUUGAUUAUAGCGGUAUGGGCUCGGUGCUGGCAUUUCGAGCCGUCGGUUAUUUAAUCGCUAAUAUUUUCGGUGUCAUUUUACAGAAUAUUGUAAAAAAAUAUUCUGAAGGCCUUCUGAUAUGUGCUUUCCUCCUCUCUGCUGUCGUGGUUUUCACAACAUCGUUUGCAAGAUCGUUAUGGUUGAUAUAUAUUCUAUUUUUUGCUCAAGGAAUCUCUCAAAGUUGUACAGAUUUAGGCGGAAUGAAUAUUUUGUUGACAAUGUGGAGCGACAAAGCAGCAGCACCAUUGAAUAUCAUUCAAUUAGGAUAUGGUAUUGGAGCGAUAUUUGUCAAUUUACUUGUUCGUUCAUUUCUUGUGGAGAAAAGUUCAUCAACUACGACUAAUAGUCUAGUUAUUCCAUAUUCUAUCACUGCUGGUCUGUGCAUCUUAGUUGCUGUUGGACAUGCGGGGUUUUACAUCCAGAAACUACGAAAUCCAAGAGAACAAGUCGAAGCCGGACAGUUUGACUACAAUACUCUCAAUAAUAAUAAUAAUAAUGAAACUGUGAGAGAAUUCGGUUCUCCAUACUCUCCUCGUACAUUCGGUCACGGGGAUUUUCAAUAUGGUUUGACUCUAUCCAUCCUAUUUAUAUGUUACAUAUUCUUCGUUAGUGGGGAUGAUCAAACAUUUUCCAGAUUCUUUUUUACAUACCUUCAGUCAGGACAAUUUCAUCUAUCGACUAGUGCAGCAAGUUGGGACGUGAUUCUGUAUUGGCUUUCAUAUUCUGUUGGUCGAUUAUUUGGAGCAAUUCUAUCGAUUUUAUUUUCGGUUACUAUGUGCUUAAAUAUAAUUUGGUUCGGAGGUUUGUGUCUUGCUAUAGCUUGGUUGAUUCUUGUUUGGAAUGUUGGUCUAACUUCGACAAGUUUACUUAUUCUUGGCUCGGCAACUGGCUUCGUUUUUGCUCCAUUAUUUCCUCUUUCAAUAAGUUUGAUUAAUCAACGAUUGAAUGUCGUGCCCGUACUUCUUGCUUCGGUUCUUUGCGGUGCAGCACUUGGUGCCAUUGUAUUUCAAAAACUAGCCGGUAUCAUCAUGGAUAAGAAUCCAAAGCAUUUUCCAACAUUGUUAAUCGUUUGUAUAUUGAUAUCAAUCACUCUGUAUAUUAUAUCUUGCUUUAUUCGACGACGAAAUCGACCUGCAAUACCGAAUGGAGUGAUUCUUACUCUGGACACAUUCUAUGAAGGCGAUGCACAAUAA